GUGGUACGGUGCGGCUGCCCCGAAACGAAACGAAACGGGAACUCUCAUUCGGCGGACCAGCGCUUUACGGAACGGAUGUGUGCGUGAUCAGAGAUCGGAUCAGAUCAGAUCAGAUCAAAUCAGUGCGGUGGACGCGGCAUACAUAUACGGAUAAUCAGUUCGCACUUGGCCGGAAGAAGGUGGCAAUUGAGACAACUCAACGCUUUCUGCCAGGCGAAAUAGAAAAAGAAAACAAAUAAAAGAAGUUCAAGUCAAUCAAUCAGCCAAAAACAAAAAAAAAUAGAAGAGCAAAUUUUCGCCAGUCAACGCGAUCGGGCCAUAAAAACAUUCGAGCCAAGAAAAAAAAAGGAAUUGAUUUUCCUCUUUCGAAUUCGAUCUCGAUCGCUCGUUUCUGAUUGACAACUGCUAAAGGUUGCGGUGAUUUUUCACACCCAUCCAUCGAGGAUAGAGCGCUUUUUUUUGCAGUGCACAGUGAGUGAGUGAGUGAGAUUGUGUGGGUGCAAUAAUCAAAUUUGACAACUGCGCGAAAAACGUUUGAGAUCAAAACACCGCAGCGCAAAACAAAUCAAAUCGGAAUAAAUGGGCCAAGAAUUCAGUGCGAUUUCCUUUUUUUUACUGUGAGCCCCAGCCAUACACAUAUACCCCACAUAUAAAUCCAGCCGUUCCGAUCCGCGAUGACGCACUUGAUGGGGCCCACGGAGUGCGCCAGCGCCAUGAUGACCACCUCGAUGCAGUUCCUGGACACCAGCCUGCCGGACUACAACUGCUAUGCCAACGACUACUGGACCUCGCCCUACAUGACCGGCGGGCUCAGUCCCAUGAAGCAGAUCGAAGCCUGCAUCCAAACAGCUGGCAAGGAUCGUUCGUACAAGCCGCUGGAGCAGAUCGAUGCCAAGUUGGCCGACAUCGAGACGCACAGUACGGGCAGCACUGGCACCGCGAACAGCAGCAGCAGCAGCCUCUCCAGCGGCAAUCCCAUCUCCAAUCCCAGUUGCCAGGAGCAGUCCUCGUCCCUCCUGCCCUCUGAUUAUCCCGUCGGCAACAGUGAAGCCUCGACGGCAGGAACAUCCGCCGGCACGGCAGCCACAUCGACGGCAGCGGGCGGAGGAAGUGCAUCCACAGGAUCCAAGAAGUUCAAGGGGCAACACAAAAAAGACAACAGUGCGGACAAUAAUACAGUGAAAGCCAACACUAAUAACAUCAGCAAAGGGGAAUCGGAGCCAGUGCAUCCAUCGCUCGCCCAGGCCAUCGUGGUGCUGGAAACGAAGGCGCUGUGGGAUCAGUUCCACGCCCAGGGCACCGAGAUGAUCAUCACCAAGACGGGCCGUCGGAUGUUUCCCACCUUCCAGGUGAGGAUCGGCGGCCUUGAUCCGCACGCCACCUACAUCUGUAUGCUCGAUUUCGUGCCCGUGGAUGACAAGCGUUAUCGCUACGCCUUCCACAACUCCUGCUGGGUGGUGGCUGGCAAGGCGGAUCCCAUCUCCCCGCCCAGGAUCCAUGUGCAUCCAGACUCACCUGCCGCCGGUUCCAAUUGGAUGAAGCAGAUCGUUUCCUUCGACAAGCUGAAGCUCACCAAUAACCAGCUGGACGAAAAUGGUCAUAUCAUUCUGAACUCAAUGCAUCGCUAUCAACCAAGAUUCCAUUUGGUGUACUUGCCACCGAAGAAUGCGUCCUUGGAUGAGAACGAUCACUCCCGUCACUUCCGCACUUUCAUCUUUCCAGAGACGAGCUUUACGGCCGUGACUGCCUACCAGAAUCAGCGGGUGACACAGCUGAAGAUCUCCAGCAAUCCAUUCGCCAAAGGCUUUCGGGAUGAUGGCACCAAUGAUGUAACCUCUGGCGGUGGCAGCAGCAUGUCCUCCAUGAGUCACGAAAGUCAGGCUCGCAUGAAGCAACAGCAGCAGCAACAGCAACUGCAGCAGCAGCAGCAGCAACAACAGCAGCUGCAACUCAAGGAGCGAACGGCGGCAACUAGCAACUUCAGCCUGAGUUGCAGCGACUUGGGCGUGGAGCAGCAACAGCAGCAACAGGGAGUCCUGCAACUGCCGGCCACGCCCUCCAGCAGCUCCACCUCCGGCAAUUCGCCCGAUCUGCUGGGCUACCAGAUGGAACAGCAACUGCAACAGCAGCAGCAGCAGCAACAGCAACACCAGCAGCAGCAACACCAGCCCCAGCAGACACAUCUCCACCAGCAACAUCAGGCCAACCAGCAGCAAUCGCUGCUCCAACAGAGCCAAAAUCAGACCCAUUACGGAAACUAUCACCAUGCCUAUCAGGCACAGCCCCAGCCGCAUCCCCUCACCCCCCACUCGACCAGUUCCGCAUCUCCGCCAGCAACUGCCGCGGGAGCAAGUGCAUCGGCAACGGCAGCCGGCACAGGAGCAACAUCAGCAGGCACGGGAGCAACACAAGUGAUGGCCGCCGCCAAUAUUUACUCGAGCAUUGGGCAGCCCUAUGCCCAGGAACAGAGCAACUUUGGCGCCAUUUACCAUCAUAAUGCGGCUGCUGCCGCUGCCGCCCACUAUCACCAUGGCCACGCCCAUGCCCACGGACACGCCCACAGCCACGCCCACGGCCCAUAUGCCAGCGCCUACGACAAGCUGAAGGUGUCGCGUCACGCGGCCGCUGCCGCCUACGGCAUGGGCGCCACCUAUCCAAGUUUCUAUGGUUCGGCGGCCCACCACCAGAUGAUGCGGCCCAAUAGCUAUAUAGACCUCGUGCCACGCUAAAGAGGAUCUGGGGUGAAUCUAUAAACGCUAGAAAUCGGGUUCAUAAGUCCCCUAGCGAUUUCAACUUAAAUAUUCUAAGAAAUAACCUUAAACUUGCCUGUAAAAAUUAUUUAAUACUCUACAUUAAGAUUACUUCGUCAAUAUUUAAAAGCACAAAAUAUUCCUGCCAAAACUUUCUGAAGCCAAAAUAUAUUUCUAAAAUCAAGAAUUUUUAUCCGGAAAUUU